AUGCUCUCUCGCUGCUCCCCUCUCCAAGCUGUACGCAAUCUUGCCACUAAGGCUUCAACCGGCCAGUGGCUGGCUAGCGUACCCAUGGGCCCAGCCGACCCCAUUUUAGGGCUCACGGAGCGCUUUAAUAAGGAUACGGACCCUCGUAAGGUAUCUCUUGGCGUCGGUGCCUACCGUGAUGACGAUAGCAAGCCGUACGUGCUGCCGUCAGUGCUAGAAGCUGAAAAACGCAUCAUGGCCGCUGGCAAGAACAAGGAGUACGCGGGUAUUGCUGGUAUGAAGGACUUUGUCGAUCUGUCGCUGCAAUUCGCUUACGGAGAAGACUGUGAAGCUUUGAGAGAAGGUCGGAUUACUGGUGUCCAGACGAUCUCGGGCACGGGCGGUGUACGUCUCGCCGGGGAGUUCUUUUCCAGGUUUCUGGGCAAAGACACGCCCGUGUACUUGCCCAACCCAACGUGGGGCAACCACAUUCCCAUUAUGCAGAAUGCUGGCAUGGAAGUGCGUCGGUACACGUACUACGAGCCAGCAUCUCGCGGUCUCGACUUUUCCGGUCUCUUGAACGACUUGGAGGGCGCUCCUGAUGGGUCCGUCUUCUUGCUGCAUGCUUGCGCCCACAACCCCACGGGAGUGGACCCGACGAUCGAGCAGUGGAUGCAGAUUGCAGAGGUGAUGAAAGCUAAACAGCACGUGCCGUUCUUUGACUGCGCCUACCAGGGAUUUGCCUCGGGCGACGCAACGCGUGACGCUGCUGCGAUCCGCCACUUUGUCAAGGAAGGUCACAACAUCUUCCUUUCGCAGUCAUACGCCAAGAACUUUGGUUUGUACGGCGAGCGCGUGGGUGCUCUGAGUGUCGUCACUUCCAGUAAGGAGGAAGCCGACCGCGUGCUGUCACAACUCAAGAUUAUUAUUCGCCCCAUGUACUCGAACCCACCUAUUCACGGCUCGCUGAUUGUGUCCACGAUCCUGUCGGACGCGCAGCUCAAGAAGCAGUGGUACAGUGAGUGCAAGCACAUGGCCGACCGCAUUAUUUCCAUGCGCACGGCACUUCGCUCGGCGAUUGAGAAGAUCGAUGCUGCGAACAAUGUCAGCUCGGACUGGAGCCACAUCACGGACCAGAUUGGCAUGUUCUGCUACACUGGUCUCACCGAGGCGCAGGUGGCGCGCAUGAUCGAUGAGCAUCACAUCUAUUUGACCAAGGACGGUCGCGUCAGCAUGGCUGGUGUGACGACCAAGAACGUUGAAUACAUCGCGCAGUCGAUCGCUGAGGUUGCGCAGAACGCCUGA